AUGGCGUGUCCUGAUGGGAAACAUGCCAGUUACAGGGGCUUGGGCGGCCCCUGGUGCCGGGCAUCCCCCUCGCCCAGGCGUCCCAGCCCUGCUCUGCACCCCCAUGCCCCCGUGCCGUCUUUGCCGUGGCUUAUCCCAGCUCUGCCCUCGGCCCUCCUGCUGCCUCCAGCCGGGCGUGGGGAGCAGGAAGGGGCCCUGCUGGCCCUGGGAGCUCACUGCUGGUGCCUACAGUGCAAUGAGGCCGUGGAGCUGGAGAGCGGCCGGGCAGAGGCAGCCCGGCCCCUGGGCCCUAAGGGCAGCGUGGGCCACUACUGCCAGGACCAGCUGAACACCCCCAUCACCUUCGCUGGCAUCAACAACUACGUGCGGGUGCCAGGGAUCCCACGGAGGAACCGCUUGGCUGUCAGCUUCCGCUUCCGCUCCUGGGACACCGCUGGGCUCCUGCUCUACACCAGCUUCGCCGACCGCCUGGGCUCCCUCGAGGUAGUGUUGAGCGAGGGGCAGGUCAACGUCUCCAUCGCCCAGCCUGGCAAGAAGAAGCUGGAGUUUGCCGCAGGGCAUCGCCUGAAUGACGGCUUCUGGCACUCGGUGCAGUUGGUGGCACGGGAUGGCUCGGCUGUGGUGACCAUCGAUGAUGAUGAUGGUGCUGAGUUUCGGGUGGCACACCCCUUCCAGCUCCGCACCGGCAGCCAUGGCCCCCCCAACCUGUGCGAGCACGAUGGCCGCUGCGUCCAGUCCUGGGAUGACUUCAUGUGCAUCUGCGACCUGACGGGGUACAAGGGGGAGACCUGCCACAAAUCCCUUUACAAGGAGUCGUGCGAUGCUUACCGGGUCAGCGGGAAAACCUCGGGGAACUACACCAUCGACCCGGAUGGCAGUGGGCCGCUCAAGCCCUUCACGGUGUACUGCGACAUCCGAGAGGACCGGGCAUGGACCAUCAUCCGGCACAACCGGCACUACGCCACACGGGUGACGGGCUCCAGCGUGGACCAGCCCUACCUGGGGGCUGUAGAGUACUGGAACGCCUCCUGGGCUGAGGUGUCAGCGCUGGCAAAUGCCUCCGAGUACUGCGAGCAGCGCAUCGAGUUCCACUGCUACAGCUCCCGCCUGCUCAACACCCCCUCCACCAGGGAUGUGGUGUUUGCUUAUGACAUCGGGAAUGGGGAUGAGAACCUGACGGUGCGGUCGGCGGUGCCCUGGAAUGACGACGAGUGGCACCAGGUGAAGGCUGAGCUCAAUGUCAAGCUGGCGCGGCUGCGGGUGGACAAGCUGCCUUGGGUGGUGCGGCCGGCCCCCCCACAGAGCUUCGUCCGCCUGAAUUUUGACAGGCCCCUCUAUGUCGGACCCUGCUACGAUGAGCUCGUCGCUCCCCUCUACUCCUCAUCCAUCGGUGCCUCCUCCAGAUACAACAUCUUCUACUCGGCCAGCUUCGCCCGGCUGCACAGCACCUCGGGCUGGUCCCCCGACCCCCGGGACAAGCAGCCCUGGCUCCAGAUUGACCUGAUGCAAAAGCACCGGAUCAACGCGGUGGCCACACAGGGGACCUUCAACACCUAUGACUGGUUGACGCGCUACAUUGUGCUCUACGGAGACCACCCCACCAGCUGGAAACCCUUCUUCCAGCAGGGCAGCAACUGGACGUUCUUUGGGAACGUGAACGAGAGCGGGGUGGUGCGGCACGACCUGCACUACCCCAUCCUUGCACGCUACAUCCGCAUCAUCCCAGUGGCCUGGAACCCACGUGGGAAGAUCGGGCUGCGCCUGGGCCUCUACGGCUGCCCCUACCGGUCCCACGUGCUCUACUUUGACGGGGAUGACGCCAUCUCCUACCGCUUCCGGGCCAAAAGGAUCAGCACCUUCGAGGAUGACAUCUCCUUCAACUUCAAGACGCUGGAGCAGGACGGGGUGCUGAUGCACGGGGAGGGCUCGCAGGGUGACUACAUCACAGUGGAGCUCAAGCAGGCCCAGCUCCUCCUGCACAUCAGCUUAGGCAGCAGCCCCCUGCACGCCAGCGAGGGCCACACGACGGUGGCGGUGGGCAGCCUCCUGGAUGACCAGCACUGGCACUCGCUGCACAUCGAGCGCUUGGGCCACCACGUCAACCUGACACUGGACGGGGAGGUCAAGCGCUUCCGCUGCCACGGCACCUUCGACCAGCUCGACCUCGACACCGAGCUCUUCUUUGGGGGGGUGAUCGACCAGGACAAGCAGCACCUCACCUACCGGCAAAACUUCCGGGGCUGUGUGGAAAACAUCAUCUUCAACGGGGUCAACAUCGCCGACCUGGCCCGGCACCGGAGACCCAAUAUCCGCUUUGAGGACCGGGCAUGGACCAUCAUCCGGCACAACCGGCACUACGCCACACGGGUGACGGGCUCCAGCGUGGACCAGCCCUACCUGGGGGCUGUAGAGUACUGGAACGCCUCCUGGGCUGAGGUGUCAGCGCUGGCAAAUGCCUCCGAGUACUGCGAGCAGCGCAUCGAGUUCCACUGCUACAGCUCCCGCCUGCUCAACACCCCCUCCGGGCUGCCCUUCAGCUUCUGGAUGGGCCGGCAUGAUGAGCGGCACUACUACUGGGGGGGCUCGCGGCCAGGCAUCCAGCGCUGCGCCUGCGGGUUGGACAAGAACUGCGUUGACCCCAAGUACUUCUGCAACUGUGACGCUGACCAUGCACUCUGGAGGACGGACAAGGGUCUGCUGACCUUCGUGGACCACCUGCCCGUCACCCAAGUUGUGGUCGGAGACACCAACCGCUCUGGCUCCGAAGCCCAGUUCUUGCUGGGCCCCCUGCGGUGCUACGGAGACCGCAACACCUGGAACACCGUCUCCUUCAACAGGGGCACAGCCCUGCUCUUCCCCACCUUCCAGGCCAACCACAGCCUUGACAUCUCCUUCUACUUCAAGACCACCGCCCUGUCUGGUGUCUUCCUGGAGAACCCCGGCUUCCGAAACUACAUCCGUGUCGAGCUCAACAACAUCGGCGGGUACUUUGAGGAGGGCACCUGGGUGCGGUACAACAUCCUGCCGAUGUCACUCUACGCUGCCCGCGAGUUCGCCAGCAUCAUCAGCAGCCCCUGGCAGCCCCUGCCCGGCUACAACCUCACCAGAGAGGAGGUCAGCUUCAGCUUCAGCACCACCUCGGCACCCGCCGUGCUGCUCUACGUCAGCUCCUUCGUCAAGGACUACAUGGCCGUGCUCAUCAAGGAUGAUGGUGAGGGCAGGACUCCCUGUCCCGGGGUGGACUAUCUCCCCGUCAUGGAGCAGCAGUUCUCCCUGUUUGUGGACAGCAAGCUGGACUCACCCAAAAACCUAUACCUGGGGCGCGUGAUGGAGACCGGCGUGAUUGACCCCGAGAUCCAGCGCUACAACACACCCGGCUUCUCAGGCUGCCUCUCAGGGGUGAAGUUCAACAGCCUUGUCCCCCUCAAAGCCAUCUUCCGCCCCACCAGCGUUGUGCGGCCCUACAGCAUCCGGGGAGAGCUGGUGGAGUCGAGCUGUGCCUCCAUGCUUCCCCUCACCACCAUCCUCAUCCCCCCUGAGAUGGACCCCUGGUACAUGGGCACAGAGUUUCCCCACGUGCACGACGACGGCUGGAUCGGGAUCAUCAUUGGGUGUAAGUGAAGCACCCUGCCUCUGCCCUGGCCCCCCAGGCCCUUCCCAGCCCCUCACCGCCAUUUUAGGCCCAUCCAGGACUAGGGCAGCGCCGCCAAACCGCUGUCAGUCCGCAAAGACCAGAACCUGCCCCAGAUCCUGGAGGAGGCAAAAGGGGACUAG